GGCCUCGAGGUUCCCAAUCCAUGAAUUACAUUCAACCAUUUAGCCGAUUUGAAAUACUGGGUUCAUUAUCAUUGUUGAAUUGCUUUCAAAAUACUAAAAGUCUCUGUUUGUUGGAACCACAGUCAGGCAUUUCAAAUCUCUGCGAAGUUCGGGAUUUGGUAUUUUCAGAUCAAGAGGCUAAUCCCGACAAACACCGGCGGUUGCUAUUUUUUCGGACUUGGUUUCGUCUCUAUAAAUCUAUGUGACUGUACAGGCUUGAUUGAUCAUCUCAAAAUGGUUGACAAGAUUCGAAGUAGAGAUGUCGAAAGCGGCUGUCUCAAAGACAUCGACACCGAGCAAAGCUUGCGAGGAUACUCUAUUCAUGUAGUACAGCAAUCCUUUGGAAGUAAAAUUGGUAGCCCGACCGCAUUAGCAAUCGGAGCAUUUGCGACUACUCUUACGACGCUCUCUUGUGCUCUUAUGGGAUUUCGCGGUCUAUCUAACACUGAUGUUUUCGUUGCGAAUUUCAAUUUUUGUGCAGGUAUAGGCAUGGUGAUCUCUGCCCAGUGGGAGCUCAUUCGGGGCAAUUCAUACGGCUAUACUGUCUUGAGUGCAUUUGGACUUUUCUAUGCUGGAUUUGGUGCAUUGGACAUUCCUUUUCUGGGCAUAACAGCUGCAUAUGGGAAUGAUACUGUGCAGUAUAAUAAUGCCCUUGGAUUCUUUGUUCUAUUAUGGUCUGUCUUCAACCUAUUUUUCUUGAUCGGAUCACUUCCAAUAAAUCUCGUCUAUAUUGCCAUAUUCUUUUUUGUACAACUAGCAUUCACUCUUGUCAGCGCAUCGUACUUCUGCGCUGCAGACGGCAACGUUACAACAGCCGCCGUACUCAAGAAAAUAGCCGGAGCCUUCGCCUUUAUAGCGGGGAUGUUUGGAUAUUAUACUGUGGGGCAUUUGAUGUGCCAGGAAGCACUAUUUUUUGACUUUCCAAUGGGAGAUACUAGUCGAUUCUUCAGAAGGAAACUCAACGACCAGAGGCCAGUUCCACAACAUCAUGAGAAAGAAUCUCAAGCCUGAAGGAUACUUUACACAGGAGACACUGAGGUUUGUGAAAGAGGUUGUGAUUAUAUUAUGGUACAGAAUGAGGCUUGAGGGAAAAAAAAAGGUUGAUAAGUCGUUGAAACGUUUGAGAUACUAUUUCCGAACUUCCGGACCUAGCUUUUGUACAACACAUUCAGCA